AUGCAGGAGCUGCGUCUGCUCUGCUGGGCGGUUCUCUUGGGCCUGGGGCAGGCCUGUCCAGAGCCCUGCGACUGUGGGGAGAAAUAUGGCUUCCAGAUCGCCGACUGCGCAUACCGUGACCUGGAGGCCGUGCCACCCGGCUUCCCCACCAAUGUGACCACGUUGAGCCUGUCAGCCAAUCGGCUGCUAGGCUUGCCAGAGGGCGCCUUCCGGGAGGUGCCCCUGCUGCAGUCGCUGUGGCUGGCUCAUAACGAGAUCCGCACAGUGGCCUCUGGUGCACUAGCCCCCCUGGGCCAUCUCAAGAGCUUGGACCUCAGCCACAACCUCAUCACUGACUUUGCCUGGAGUGACCUGCACAAUCUCAGUGCCCUCCAGUUGCUCAAGAUGGACAGCAACGAGCUGACCUUCAUCCCCCGAGACGCUUUCCGCAGCCUUCAUGCUCUGCGCUCACUGCAGCUCAACCACAAUCGCUUGCACACUUUGGCCGAGGGCACCUUCGCUCCACUCACCGCUCUGUCCCACCUGCAGAUCAACGACAAUCCCUUUGACUGUACCUGCAGCAUCGUGUGGCUCAAGACAUGGGCCCUGGCCACAACUGUGUCCAUCCCGGAGCAGGACAACAUCGCCUGCACUUCACCCCACGUGCUCAAGGGCACUCCACUGAGCCGCCUGCCACCGCUGCCUUGCUCGGCGCCCUCAGUGCAGCUCAGCUACCAGCCCAGCCAGGAUGGUGCUGAGCUGCGGCCUGGCUUCGUGCUGGCACUCCACUGCGAUGUGGAUGGGCAGCCAGCCCCCCAGCUUCACUGGCAUAUCCAGACGCCUGGUGGCACUGUGGAGAUUGCCAGCCCCAAUGUGGGCACUGACGGACGUACCCUGCUUGGUCCCCCAGCGGCCAGCAACCGGCCACGCUUCCAGGCCUUUGCCAAUGGCAGCCUGCUCAUCCCUGACUUCGGCAAGCUGGAGGAGGGAACCUACAGCUGCCUGGCCACCAAUGAGCUUGGCAGUGCUGAGAGCUCAGUGAACGUGGCGCUGGCCACACCGGGUGAGGGUGGUGAGGAUGCUCUGGGACGCAGGUUCCAUGGCAAAGCGGCUGAGGGCAAGGGCUGCUAUACGGUUGACAAUGAGGUGCAGCCAUCAGGGCCCGAGGACAAUGUGGUCAUCAUCUACCUCAGCCGUGCCAGGAGCCCUGAGACUGCAGCAGUGGGAGAAGGGGUACCUGGGCAGCAGCUCCCAGGCCUGCUCCUGCUGGGCCAGAGCUUCCUCUUCCUCUUCCUUGCCUCCUUCUAGCCCCACCCUGACCUGGGCGGGGCAGGAACAGCCCAGGGCUUCCCUAACUCCCCCCUGACCUUGCCAACGCCUCUUAUAAGUGCUGCAGGGGUCUGCAGUUGGCAACUCCUGAGGUGCAUAGGCGACUUCACAUCUUCCUACCUCCCCUUCUAAUUACUUCUGGAACACCACCACCCCCACUUCUAGACCUGCUCAAAGCUAGUGACGAGGGUAGAAUUUAGUCCCAUAACUCACCAUGUGGGGUGCUCAUUGCUGCUAACAGCAUCGCCCCUGCCCCUACCAGAGGGCAGCAUGCUAACAGGGUGAUGUCCUACCCAACUGGGGGAAGCCUCACGGGGGCAUUCAGGCACUGUGACUGACAAGCUGACGAGGGCCAGGCAGGUGGGGAGCUGACAGGUCGGGGCUUGACUGGAAGUAGCCUGAGGCCCACAGGGCACAGGAGAGGAGAGGAUGGAGGGAACUGGCCGGCACAGCCCUUAGGCUCUCACGACCUGCUGAGGCUCCUCCUGCGCUUUGGUGUUCUCUGACGACUUGGGGAUUUGGGGGGUCCCUUUGCCUUUAUCCCAGACAGGACUGGAGGAUCCAGGAUGAGCCUUCCUCCCCUCUCAGCCUUCCUCCCUCAGCCUGUGACCUCU